AUGCCAAGGACCCCGUAUAAACCAUCAGAUUUCUAUCAACAACAAGCGGUGCGCCCCCAACAACCCAACUUUAAGCCGUCAAUUUACAUCGAGCGAGGGCCAGAAAGACCAAGCGGCGUAGUGAAGCAGCACUAUGUGGUCCGGGACUCGUUUAAAAAUGCUCUGGACACGUCCAUCUCUGCCCCUUUGGGCCAGUCCACGUCACAUGUGCAGAUCGGGGGAAUGCCUUCGCAUAUGAACCGAUACGGUCAGCAAACGCCCCAUCCGGUGAUUCGGACGACUUUCAGUGCUGCACCACUCAAAAGUAUGGUGAACAUCAAUGUGUCGCCAAUUAAUAAGAACACUGAAACUCGCACGUAUCGAUUGGAUGUGACCGGACGCGACGGUGGUGUUUCGUCAGUGCAUGGCAUUCCGGGUCAAGUUACCGGUGUUCAGAAUAUCAUAGUGGAUCCGGACAAAUCUCAUCGCGGUUUCAUCGGCUAUGAGGACGAGCUUCGACCGAAGCAUCCUUGUGCUGAUGUAGUGCCAUCGACAUCAAAAGAACCCGCCAGACAUGAACGACUAGAACGUAGCUAUGGUGUGGCAGCAACACUCAGAGCCGAUUCAGCACCACCAGCUGUGACCCGUUGUACGUCACCGUUGCCAGAAUCGAUAGCGACUCGUGUGAAGCAACAAAAGUAUGAGAAAUAUGUGAAACCGUGUAAACCGCGAAUGUUUUGCUUCUUCAUGGAACAGCAUGUCGAACGAUUGCUAGCGCAAUACAAAGAACGCAUGAAACGAGCACAUCAGGUUUGA